AGAAGCUGAAGCGGCGCUCGGAGCCCGGAGCUGCCCUGCGGCGUUGGAGCAUCGCGCGGCCCCGCACUACCUCCUCACGGCCGGCUCGGCCUCGCGGCGCAGGGUGAUGACGUCACACGGCCCCAACGCGCCGCUCCAGUAACCGCCCUCAGCGCGGGCAGAAAGUAACCGAGCUUUUAUUCUCAUUAUUGCUACUAAAAAUCUCUGCUGUCUUUUGCGAAUUGCCGUAAAUUUCCACUCGGCACACGCAGGUGCGUUCUGCGUUUCCCCAGUUGCUCCGCGCCUCCAAUCUGGCACGGCCGAAGGCUUUGCGGGGCUCCUCCUGCUGAUACAAAGCGGGAAGCGCCGCGGCACAUCCGCACGGCUCCCUUUGCCAGCCACAGAACCCCGGCUUGCUCUGCUCCGCUCCCUGGGCUGCCGUGGGACGCCAGAGCGGCGCUGCUGAUGGGGGAAGGCAGCUGCACUCCUCCCUCCCGCCAGCAGUCGUCCCUCCACACCCGCAGGAGGACGGUUUCCCUCCCAGCAGCCCACCGCACGCACUGGCCGUACCUGCGCGUGGAAGGUGUGGGCGAUCUCUCCGUCCACAUCGUAAACAACCAACCCCAGGAGAGUUUCACCUUCAUCCUCAUCUGCUCCCUCAAAGACAAGAGAUGACGGCAGUCACACUUAGGCAGGCCGUGCGAAAAAGAACAUGCAGAGGCCAAAGGUGGGAGCCCCUCUCCCCCACAUCAGCUCUGGCAGGAUUGGAGCACAAAGGAGGGAACUGACCAAGAAACUGAGCAGGAUGCACUGCAGGAAGGCAGCCAUCCCACCCUGCCGGUCUCGGACAGUGGAACGCAGGCAGCGUCAACAGCUGGCACGCCAGGCAUGAAUGCAGGAAAGCACAGAGGCUGCUGUUCACAAAUCUGAGCAGAAGUGCCACGUCACAGCCAUGGUAAUGUUCUCAGCUGUGCUGCUGUCUGCAUGCUGCUGGCCUGUGGUGCUGUGAUGUGGAUGUGCCAGAAAUACCUGGGAGUUGGCUUUUCCCCAAAACACCCGAUUGCUGCACUUGGCAAUGAAGCAUCUGUAGUGCCAGGAUCCUGGACGGCCAGAUCAGCUGCUGGCAGCGCACUGCCAGGACUAACAGCUCAGAUUUAUCUGAAGAUGAAAUUGCUAACCGGAGAUACGGAUUGUUGUACCAGGAAAUGGAGGCUGAUAAAGCAGAGGUACCUACCCCAGUGUGUAGCCUAGUCUAGACAAAGAGUUCCUUAGGUCAAGCAUAACCUUGUCGUUUAAAACCAGUCCAUCUGUGUGUUUCCUGCUACCCCUCCUAAGUCCUUGCAAUUUUUUCUUGGAAAGUUGUCAUGCAGCUGUUCAUAGUGUGGUGCCCUUCAGUCAUGUAAUGAAGCAGGCUGGCAGAAAUGCAUUUCAGGAAGGUGAAUGAAGCUUCACACUGUGAAGGCACACGGUGUCUCACAGCUUUUGUACUUUACAUGUAUAAUUUAAAAUGCAUUUCCAGUCUUUUCUUCUUUCUUUUUAUAAAAAUACUGAAGUCACUGCGCUUUUUUUAUUGGUUUUGGUGUUCUCUUUAAGCCUGUAAAAUCUGUUAUCGAAUUGCACUGUCAUCAAGUAUCUUUCUGCCUUGCCCUUCCUUUUGUUAUUUCUUUUGUUUUAUGUCUGGCCUAUUUUUAUUUUGCAAAUAGAAAUGUUUUCCCCAUGUUCUUGUUUACUAAACAAAUGAUGACUUGUUCUGAUCUUCACUUCUACUUGGGCAUCCAGCACGGCAUUUAAUGGAUUUGCACAGGUUAGAAACAAGCAAAUUUUGAGUGUUUUCUUCUGUUUUGUUGGGAGGAGAUUAAGACUGGCUGUACAGUUUUGAAAACUCUGCUCUGCAGACCAGCUACACAGUAAUGUCCUGCUGACACGAAUCCUGAACUUGUCUGCCCUCAGAAAGUCUUCCUGGAUGUUCCUAGAAGGCUGCUAAUAUUCUUGGCGCUCUUGGCCUAGCUGAAUUUAAUUGGAAAACUCCCACUAGCUUAGCAGGACUGUCUUCUUAUUUUCCAAAUGAAAGAACUGGAUUCGUAUUUUUCUUUCUCUCUUUUUUGGAUUUUUCUAACAAUCUCAAAAUCCGGUUGUACAAUCAAUGGAUAUUAAGAUGUUAUAAUCACAAAAGAACAAGAGAGUGAGGCAAAGUAGACUAAGAUAACAAGAGAGAAUAAACGGAAGGCUUACCCGCAUGCUAGGCUCACUUACAAAACCCCCAGAAGAGGGGAUCUCCAGAAGAGAUCCUUCCCCACUGGCAGCCAGCUCUUCAAUAGGUCUAGGAGGGGUGGAGCCAGGCAGCACAGGUGGAUUGCCUUCACUGUGCUCCUCUGGCUGACUCGUGGCUCGUCUCCGGUGAUCAAUCAGAGGUUCAGGCUGUGACUCAGCAGUUCCCAAACACCUGUGAAGCAUGGCUUCCUCACAGCUUUCACACCUGUUCAGUGACUCUGUGUAUUUAUGCAUUUAUACAUGAAAUGACUUUAUUUGUUUCUGCAAUGUUGCUUUCACCUAUCGUAUGUUUUAGUCUGGGAGUUCAAUCUGAGUUGUUUAUUUAGUGCUGUGAUAAUGCUGAGGAUCUGCUCGAGGCGCUGCAGCAGUGCAGUGCACGCUUACGUCUCAAACCCCAGGGCCCCCAUCCCAAGUGAUAAUGCAGAUAAUCUGGGGCCUUCUUAAAUUCCAGCACCUUUCAGAGGCUGGCUUACCCACAGCAUGCUCUGCACACCACUGUUUACAUAUGCACACAAAAAAGCUGGGCAUCUGCAAGGCUGAAAACGAGUCUUUCAGUGCUUAUUAAUUUUGCUCCAGGCCUUUGACAUUAGUAAAGUAUUCAGAAGGAAGGGCUAAAAUACAAAGCUGCCACCACUUUCUCUAGUUAAUGCAUGCGAAGCUUCACCUCUCUAAUUCCUGAGCAGUGUGCGCUGUGCAAAUAAAAGCCCAGAGUCCAGAGGAUGUGUAAGGAGCUCCGAGCUCUGCACUCCCUGUGCAGUGCAGUCUGGCAAAAUCAACUUCUGGCAUUCGCUGUUCAGAAGUGCAGUGUGCCUGAAGCAAAGUCCUUGCAAUUCGCUUCUAUUCAGUGAAGGAUUCUUCACCUGUUUGAACAACUUGAAACAUUUUAGAGUCGUGGAACACUUUUGAAAAAGGAAGGUCUUUAAUAUUGACAUUCAUGCCUGUUUAGAUUAUCGAUUUUCCAUCCAAGCUCACCUAUUGGUGGUUAUGCCUGAGUAAGCCAUAAAAAUCAGGUCUUUACUGGAUACAUCCCAUGCCAAAUAUUGUUGCUGUGUUGUUUUUAUUUUCUAUAGGUAGGAUGCCGCUGCAUUUACAGUGCAAUCAAAUGAGAAUGUGACAGAGACUCUGUAAGUGGUGGAUUUGGCUUCUUUUCUAAAUGGUGUGUAAAAAAAAAGGGGUACUGUUUUUUGCUUUGUACAAAAAUAUUUGCUCCUUUGUACAAAAACAUGGGUGUUUUCCAUCCUCUAAAUCAUUAAAUCUUGACCUGAAAGAAUAGGUGGGUAUACCAUUGCAGCUGUAAAUCUGUACUUUCUGAAAGUCUUUCACUAGGAUAGCACUGCAAAAAAGGAAAAACAGGAUGCCUAGAUACUUUUAGUUUAUGAAGGUACAGCCAGUUUACUUAUUUAUUGCACUUCAGAAAAUCAAGAAUGAGUGCUUUGGUCCAGGGUACAGCAGGAAGUGCUCACAUGUGCUGUUGGUACACAUACCUCUAAUAUCACUGCAGCUUUAUCUAUCUUCCACAUUUUAGUAGGUACCAUCUUUUAAGGGGGGGAAUACUGUUGAAAGCGAUCAUGCUUUGGUGGUUUCUGGGCUCCUCUUGCUGAAUCCAGUUAGCCUGAAUGAAGGAUAUGGAGUGGCAGCAUUGCUGGGUGAACGCUGCCGUUACUGAGAGCAGAAGAGUGAUUCUGUCUGUUGAUGUGCCUUUGGUCACUGAGCACCGUGAGAGCAUUCUGAGUAUUUGUGUUUCUAGUUCAGAUGGCAGGUAGCCUAAAGACUGCUUGUGCACAAGUGACUCAGAGCACAUCGGUGCCAUCUGCAUUCUAACACAUUACCUCUGAUUUUAAGCCUGAAAGUUCCUUCCAGUAUUAAGGCCCAGGAAACUCAUUAGCCAUCUGACCUGGGACAGAUCUGCCUUUUGUUUCUCAUUACAAUUAUCCCACAGGACAGACUUCUGCACAGUGUGGUGUAAUAUAAUGAACAUUUCUUUAUUCUUUGCCAAAUCCUGAAGGUGGUGCUUAGGCAGAUUUCUCUAUACCUCACUAAAAACAAGCCUGCUAAAGGAAUAGAUGAGGAAAGAAUUGAAAGGACGUGUUUUGGUGUGGAGGUGGGUUUUUCUGUUUGGUUUUGUUUUGUUGUUGUUUUCUGACAAAUGUCAGGGAGCAGAUUUUCGUAUUUUGAAGAAUUUCAGAGAUGUCUCUUCAUUACAGAAGGCCUUCUGACCAGCUGCAUCUUAUCAACUGCAAAGCAGCUGCGUAGAUUUGAGGUUCAUGUUAUGCUGAGCAAUGUGUUCAUGGCAAAUUGAUCUACUGGGGUUAUUUAAUCUGGCUGAGUCAGCCAUCUUUAUAGCUGGAAUAUGCUGAGCACAGCUUGCAGCUCUCUCCUUUAGCUGUGUGUGUUUGUGUAUGGCAACUGCUGAGUCACGGCCUGAACCUCUGAUUAAUCACCUGAGGUGAGCCAUGAGUCAGCCAGAGGAGCACAGGUGAAGGCAAUUCACCUGUGCUGCCGGAAGGGGUGGAGCCAGGCUGCACCCCUCCUGGACCUAUUUAAGAGCUGGCUACCAGAGGGGAAGGAUCUCUUCUGGAGAUCCUCCUCUUUGAUAUCUUCUAGUGAGCUCAACCCAAGGGUAAGCUCUUCUACUUAUUCUCUUUUGUGAUCCCUGUUUGCUUUGCCUUACUCUUUUGAUUAUAUUGCAAUUAUAACAUCUUGGUUAUACACUUGGCGAGCCAGGCAGGCUGAAUAUACUAAAAUUAACAUGUCUUUCCUGUGGAAUUUCUAUAAAUGGGUCAAGGGGGAGAACAAUACUCCCCUGGAGAAAAUGAUUCCAGGGCAGAUCCCAGGGUUUGAGGGAUCGCCCUAUUACGAGUUAGCUGCCAUCAUUGAAAAAUGGGGUCCCUUACGUGUUAUGGGCAAUCUCUCCCCAUAUCGCAUGGCAGACUAUUUUCAAGGACUUGGCAAGGACAUUCUCAUUACCAAAGAAAGACAAUUGGCUGCCUCCAUGGUGGCAUGGCCACUAUUAACCGCUUUAAAUCAUGCGGACUCAAGAAAUAAUACUUUAGAAACUGAAAAUCAGCUUUUGAAAGAUCGCAUUGAAAAGUUAGAGCACGAACUUGGCGUUUUAACGGGGAAGAAGCCAAUUCUACAUCUUCCUGUAAGCCAAAUUCGUAAUAUUUCAAUAAAUGAUGACCAGGCUCCUGAAUCAACAGACUUCGUUGAUCAGGACAACAAGAAAUCCAAAUCAGACCUUGAAUGUCCAAUUCAAACUGAUCCAUUGGAGGUCCGUCCUGUGAUAACCCAAAAAACAAAAAAAGUACAGGACAGACCGGCAGGGGUGCCGCCUGAUCAAUGGCCCCCUGCCCAGACUCAUUUACAUGUGACAGCUCGGCCAUACACAGCAACAGAAUUAAUGGACUUAGUACAACGAUUUCGGCAGAAGCCCAGAGAAAGUGUGCCGGCUUGGUUAUUGAGACUGUGGGAUUCUGGGGCAGAAAGUGUCGUGGUGAAUGGCCCAGAAAUAUUUAAGUUGGCCACCAUGACUGUCCAUCCUGCUCUUAGGCAAAGGUUAUACGUGGGCAAUCAAUAUCGUGAUGAAAACCAUUCCAUACUAGAAUGGUUAAUGGCGGCCUGCCGUAUGGUAUGGCCGAAUAAAUCAGACAUACCGUUACAUACAGGUAUGUGGUCCUCCAUGGAGGACCUUCAGAACUAUAUCCGUGAACUGGGUGUAAGAGAGGCCAUCUAUGAAGAUACAUUUGAUGGCCCUGAUAUGGUUAAAUUUUCGGCAGGGAUGAGAGAUUUAAUUCUACAGCAAGCUCCCUCCCAUCUGUACGGCACCCUAGUUUCGAUAUUAAAUCCCCUUGUAGCAUCAGAAGCCGUAGUCCAGCAGGCUGCCCAGUUAGUUGCCGAUUUGGGAGAAACAGAACGCCUGCGGACUAGGCGCAAUAUUCGGUUUUUGGAGGAAGCAGAGGUCCUGCCGGUAAAUAAAACCAGAAUGCCGGCUACUCGAGCUCCUCGAUCGGGACCCAUAAGGGUAUCCCGAAAACAAAUGUUUAAUGAUUUAAUUCGGGCUGGGGUCCAAUUUGCUAAGAUCGACCGCCAGCCCAACCACGUCCUUCUCCAGCUCUGGAGACAACUAAAGGACAAUCAAAAAUUCCAGAGCUACCCUAAGAAAUCAAGGGUAAGAGCUAUAGAGAGGGUUCCAACAACAACAUGGAACCUAGAAGAUUUUAUUAUUCCUAACAGGAAAAAGAAGCCACCUCAGGUGUCUCGGGCCACAAUGCCUGAGCCAUCAGAAGCAAAAGAACUGGCCCUAGCACAAUUCAUGCAGUGACGAGGGGUGUUAGUCCCCGUAGGGCCUCCAGACGGGACCGGAGGCCCUAUGUAGAAUUAACAAUUUAUUGGUCCCGAAAAAAUAUUCAGAGAGUUAUGGCAUUAGUGGAUACUGGAGCAGAAACAUCAAUUAUCUAUGGAGAUCCAGGAAAAUUUCAUGGCGACAGAGUGAUGAUUGGUGGUUUUGGGGGACAGACUAUUCCUGUCACCCAAACAUGGUUAAAAUUGGGGGUUGGGCGUCUCCCACCCCGGGAGUACAAGGUGUCUAUUGCCCCAGUCCAAGAAUACAUCCUGGGCAUAGACAUUCUAUGGGGUCUGGCUCUCCAAACAACUGUGGGAGAGUUCAGACUUCGACAAAGAUGUAUCAGUAUCCGGGCGGUGCAGGCAAUAUUAAGAGGCCAUGCGAAACAUGAGCCUGUUUGCCUGCCGAAACCGCGCCAGAUUACUAAUGUUAGACAGUAUAGACUCCCGGGUGGGCAAGAUGAAAUAUCGAGAACGGUGCAGGAAUUAGAAAAAGUGGGCAUUAUAAGACCUGCACACAGCCCGUAUAACUCCCCCAUAUGGCCAGUGCG